AGUACCACCAGUACCACCAGUACAACGGGCACGCUAUAUUUACUUCAUGGCAACACCACCACAUUGUGACACGUGCACACAACUUUGACACUCAUCCCAAAGGAGGCAACCAUGACGUCCAAAGGAGGCCCCUCCCCUCAGAAGGUAAGCCACUCCCACACGCAGACGGAUAUCACCCAGCCACUGCUGAGCUCUGCGGCAGGAAGCGCAAGCGACACUCUGCGAAGGAGGCGACGCGUCCUCUCCAAAGAUGGACGAAGCAACGUGCACAUCGAACAUAUGCGCGGGCGAGGCGCGCUCUAUCUGCGCGACUUGUGGACCACCUUUGUGGACAUGCAGUGGCGCUAUAAGUUCUUCCUGUUCUGCGCCACCUUUGCCGGUACCUGGUUUCUGUUUGGCGUGCUGUGGUACCUGGUGGCCAUGCUGCACGGAGAUCUGACGGAGACCACCGACCACACGCCAUGCGUCAUGGAGGUCAAGACACUGACAGGAGCGUUCCUAUUCUCGCUAGAGUCGCAGACAACUAUCGGCUACGGGUUCCGAUACAUCACGGAGGAGUGUCCCGCCGCCAUCAUUCUGCUUAUUGUCCAGCUGGUGGUUACCAUGGUGAUGGAGAUCUUCAUCACCGGCACAUUCCUCGCCAAGGUGGCCCGUCCCAAGAAGCGAGGCGAAACGGUCAAGUUCAGUCAGCACGCUGUGGUGUCCACGCACGAAGGGCGGCCGUGUCUCAUGAUCCGAGUGGCCAACAUGCGCAAGAGUCUGCUGUUAGGAUGUCAGGUGACGGGCAAGCUGCUGCAGACGUGUGAGGAAGGCGAGACUGUGCGGCUGGACCAGCGGAAUGUGUCCUUCCAGGUGGACACAUCCAGCGACAGUCCUUUCUUCAUCAUACCACUGACCUUCUACCAUGUCAUCGACGACAGCAGCCCGCUGAGAACAUGGGCAGCUAGAGGUGGCAGCUGGAAAGACGGCGAGCUGGCGGACUUUGAACUGUUAGUGAUUCUGAGCGCCACAGUGGAGCCGACGUCGGCUACCUGCCAGGUGCGCACGUCGUACCUUCCGGACGAGAUCCUCUGGGGCUAUGAGUUCCCUCCCGUUGUUUCGCUAUCCGCUUCAGGCGGAUACGUGGCCGAUUUUGCCUUCUUUGACACAGUGUCUAAAACCGGAACCCCAACCCGUGACCGCAACGGCAAAGAAGGGGCGGGCCAGAACAAGAUGCGGUUAGGUGAGCGCGUCUGGGUAGAAGGGAGGGGCCACGUCCGAGACAGCGGCCAGCUGAGCAUGCGUAUCAGCAACGUUUGACCGGGAGACAGGAAAUGAUUGUCUCACGGUUCACUUUUGUGACUUAACAGAUGCUAACACGUCAUUAACUUCAUAGUUUUUUAUGUGGAAUAAAAAAAAAAAAACUACUAUGUGG